AUGGCAAGAACCAAACAAACCGCUCGCAAGUCCACUGGUGGAAAAGCCCCGAGGAAGCAGCUCGCUACUAAAGCCGCUCGCAAGAGCGCCCCCGCCACCGGUGGCGUCAAGAAGCCUCAUCGUUACAGGCCCGGUACCGUGGCGCUGAGAGAGAUCCGCCGUUAUCAGAAGUCCACUGAGCUGCUGAUCCGCAAACUGCCUUUCCAGCGUCUGGUGAGAGAAAUCGCUCAGGAUUUCAAGACGGAUCUGCGCUUCCAGAGCUCCGCCGUCAUGGCCCUGCAGGAGUCCAGCGAGGCUUAUUUGGUCGGUCUGUUCGAGGACACCAACUUGUGCGCCAUCCACGCCAAGAGGUCAAUUAUGUCUGGAAGAGGUAAAGGAGGAAAAGGACUUGGGAAAGGAGGCGCUAAGCGUCACCGUAAAGUGUUGCGUGAUAACAUCCAAGGAAUCACCAAACCCGCCAUCCGUCGUCUCGCUCGCCGCGGUGGUGUCAAGCGUAUCUCCGGUCUGAUCUACGAGGAGACUCGCGGUGUGUUGAAGGUGUUUCUGGAGAACGUGAUCCGUGAUGCCGUCACCUACACCGAGCACGCCAAGAGAAAGACCGUCACUGCCAUGGACGUUGUGUACGCGCUGAAACGACAGGGACGAACUCUGUACGGCUUCGGAGGAUAAACGUCUUCAUUCUCAUCAGACAAACACAACGGCUCUUUUAAGAGCCACACACACUCUCACACGAAGAGUCAAUGUCUGAACUGUUGAAGUAUUUUAUCUCUUAUACCAAAGUCUGUGCUGUUACUGUGUCAUGUUUUAGUUUGUAUUUCCUUAAGUAAAAUGUAAGGCAUUUUAAUCUAAUGUGGUUUACGAAUUGGUGGGAAAAACAAAUGCUACUAAAAUAAACAGAUGUGAUACAUUCACAUCAGCCCCCAAAGGCUCUUUUAAGAGCCACUAAAUUUUCCCUCUAAAGCCUUCCAGUCCAUUUUUAAUAAUUAUUAUUAGUUUUUGAAUUGAUUUUUGUGUCUGGUAGAUUUCUAUGGCAGUGUUGCAACCACUGAUCUAUAUAUAUAACUGUAUUGCUCAUAGAAUGGGCUAUAUGCAUGGAAUGUUAAUUACAACUUCUGGAAUAAUAUAAGCCAGCUCAAAAAAUUCAGGUGAAACGUCACUUGCUGUAGCGGCAUAUUCAGUUUUCUUAUAGACAGUCUAACAAUAUCAAUCUUUUUGUUGUUGUAAUAGUUAGGCCUAACAUUUAUUCACUUGUUUAAAUGGCUUAUAUAAAUAAGUGAACGAAAUGAAAAAGACGUUUAAAUUUCAGCGUUUGUGAGUGGAGGACAACGGAGCACUAUUCAAUUCGGCUAUUCGUUUUCACACUGUCCCCUCCGAUGACCAACAACGAAAGAAAUGGAUCUUAAAUAUAAGAAGAGUCAACCUAACCAUCUCUCACCAUACCAGUGUGUUUGUAGCCAGCACUUUGUGUCAAAAGAGGUCACAGAGCUGGCUGAUCUAGGAGGUAGGCGAAGGCUGAAGCCUGGUGCCGUACCUGUGUUGUUACCUUGGAACGAUUACUCUCUUGGAGUGAGAAGGCUUGGAGUUUGGGAACGGAGAGCGAGGCCAGAAAUUGAGCAGAAUGGGGAAGAUGUUGGCCCUAUAUACGCCAAUGACCAUGAUUACGGCACAGCUCCCGACCCCACAUUUUUUGACGCUGUUCGCAGCGAAAGCAUUCGCAAAGAGAUCGUACAACCGAGGCAGCAGCUGGAGCAGUUGUCACUCAAACAGCGUUUUGGGCUACAUCGUUUUUCAGGCUCUGACAGGGACAUCCGUUUCUACACAAGGUUCUCCUCUUAUGACCACCUGAUGCGGUUUUGGCAGCUCAUUGAACCAUCGCUGCAAUUCAUGGUUCGAGUUUCCAGAGCAAGAACUCCAAACGGUGACUCCGCAAAAAGUGCUGCCAUGUCUUUACAGCCAAUAGAUGAACUGUUCCUCUUCCUGAACUACCUUGCCCUUGGAUUGAAGCAGAGGGAAUUGGCUGAUCGGUAUGGGGGUCCAUCAAUCUACCGUCAGCAGGAUCAUCCUUACAUGGAGCAGUUUUUUGUUCUGUAUUCUUGGUUCACAGCGAAUUUGGAUGCCCCAACACAAAAUUAAUGAGCACUUGCCAGUAGAGUUCAGAGAUUACGCAGACACUACCGUAAUCCUGGACUGCACAGAGCUCAGAUGCCAAACACCUACUUCCCCUUUGCUCCAAAGUGAAGUGUAUUCAAACUACAAGUCCCACUAUACCCUGAAGGGAAUGAUUGGAAUGGCCCCCCAUGGUGCUAUAACCUUUGUUUCUCCCCUCUUUGCUGGCUCAGUAAGUGACAAGCAGAUCUUUGCAGAGUCAGGAAUAUUUGCAUUACUUAGGCAGGAUAUGGCAAUAAUGGUGGACAGAGGAUUUCUUGUGGAUGACUGUGUGCCCUGUAAAGUGUACAGGCCUGUAUUUCUUUCUGGGAGACCUCAGAUGCCAGCACACGAGGUCAGGGAGACCCAGGCUAUUGCACAUCUGAGAGUGCAUGUUGAGCGCCUUAUUCGCCAUUUAAAGGAACACAAAUUCUUUGACACUGUUAUCCCCAUAAAUAUGUUUGGUAACAUUAACCAGCUCUAUGUAGUUGCAUGCCUUCUGUUAAAUUACCAGAGUGGCCCACUUGUAAAAGCUUUGUCUAAAUAGAUGCAUCAAGACCAGUGUGCAGUUCUGUUUAGUAUUUAAACUAUUUUACUGUUGUUAGCUACUGAUUUUGUUCAAUGAUAAAGAAUGGAUUUACAUCUCUACAACUUCAUACAGGGAUCUGUAUUUUCCCCUCAUUUUCAGUUUCAUGCUUCCAGUGAAUAAAUCUACAUUUGUUUGUAACUGCCUUUUUUAAAGG